AUGGCUGUUAAAUUGCACAAACUACAGCAUGUUUUUCUACAUUACGACAGUAGCAAAACGUACACUGGAAAGAUCUUUGAUUCCGCAACACGAACCUCGUUCACGGCAAAAGGAAGUGCCGUGCAAAAACUUGUAAUAAUUGGUCAUGUAAACCUUUUCUUGAAGCUAUCUGAGAAAUAUGGCAAAGUGUUUAGCAUCAAGCUCGGACCCACAACUACAGUGGUGCUGACUGGCUACGAAGCAGUGAAGGAUGCCCUCGUGAACAAUGCAGAUGAAUUUGGAGAAAGAGCACACAUCCCAAUAUUUGAGGCAACUUUGAAAGGACAUGGUAUUAUUUUUGGUCAUGGGGAGUCAUGUAGGCAAAUGUGAAGAUUUGCUCUCACCACUUUACGAGAUUUUGGAAUGGGAAAUAAAACCAUUGAAGACAAAAUAAUCGAGGAAUCAGAUUAUCUGGUAAAAAUAAUUGAUUCUCAUAAAGGCCAACCGUUUAAUCCAACUAUCCAACUGAACUCUGCUGUGGCCAAUAUAAUUUGCUCUAUAGUUUUUGGUGACAGAUUUGAUUAUGAGGAUGCAAAGUUUGUUAGUUUAGUAAAGAGAGUGAAUGAAAACAUUCAACUUGCUGGUUCACCCAUGGUCCACCUGUACAAUGCAUUCCCAGUCCUGAAAUUCCUUCCAGGAGCUCACAAUAAAUUUUUUAUUAAUAUACAAGAGACAAACAACUUCCUCAAAGGCUUCUUCAAAGAAAAUCGUCAGAAACUAGAUGAAAAUGAUCUGAGGAGUUUUAUUGAUGUAUUCAUGCUUAGACAACAGAAGGUAAAAGCUCCAUCUAAUUCAUACUUCUGUCAAGACAACUUAAUCUACACAACGCCUAACCUGUUUGCUGCAGGGAUGGAGACCACCUCAACCACACUUCGUUGGGGAUUGCUUCUGAUGAUGAAAUAUCCAGAAAUCCAGAAAAAGGUUCAUGAGGAAAUUACCAGAGUUAUUGGAUUGGAACGACCUCCCAGAGUUGAAGAUCGGAAAGAUUUGCCUUACACAGAUGCAGUGAUCCAUGAAAUUCAGAGGUUUUGGGACAUUGUACCACUGGGCAUAACAUAUGAAACAACAGUGGAUGUAAACUUCAAAGGAUACUUCAUUCCAAAGGGAACCCAUGUAAUUCCAGUGCUGACCUCUGUGCUAUAUGAUAAAACUCAAUGGGAAAAACCAAAUGAAUUCAACCCAUCUCACUUUCUGAAUGCUGAGGGCAAGUUUGUGAAGAGAGAUGCCUUCAUGCCUUUCUCUGCAGGUCGAAGGAUUUGUGCUGGUGAGACCCUGGCUAAAAUGGAGCUAUUCUUGUUCUUUACCACUCCGAUACAAAAUUAGUUUCAAGUCCCACCAAAUGUCAGUGAACUGGAGCUCGAGUCCAGUGUUGGUUUUACUUAAUUCCCAAAGUUCCAAACUGUGUGUGCUGUGCUUCGCUGACGUAACCACCUCAUUCAUGAUUUACCUGAUUUUCAUACAUAUAAACUUUUAUUCACUUCAA